AUGGCUAAGAAGAAGGAUAAAGAGUCCAAAAAGGCUCGUACUGAAGCCAAGAAUAAGAAGGCACUGGAAAAAGCCGCAGUGAAAGAUAAAAAGAAGGCAAAGAAGUUAUCUCAAGAUGAAGAAGAAGAUGACAUGGACAUUGAAGAAAUGUUAGCUAACUUCAAGCGGGAACAGGAGAACUUUGAGAAGAUUAAUGUCGAAAAUGUGGAUAGGCCCGACCAACGUAUUAAUCCGUGUAUGUUUGUGAACCCAGCCCAUGGUAAGCGUGAAUUAAUGAUGUUUGGCGGGGAAUCUACCACCCAAGAAACAGGUACCACACAUUUCUACAACGAUUUAUUUGUAUACUCAUUAGAUACAGAUACUUGGAAAAGGUAUACAUCUCAGAAUUCUCCAAUGCCAAGAUCAUCAGCGGCAGUAGCAUCUCAUCCAACAGGUGUAGCUUUAAUCCAUGGUGGUGAGUUCUCUUCCCCAAAGCAGAAUACUUUCUAUCAUUAUUCUGAUUCAUGGCUAUUCGACUGCUCUAGCAAAGAAUGGACAAAGGUUGAACAAAAGAAUGGGCCUAGUGCUAGGUCAGGUCAUAGAAUGGCAAUUUGGAAAAAUUUUAUCAUACUUCAUGGUGGGUUCAGGGAUUUAGGUACCUCUACCACGUAUCUGAAUGACUUAUGGGUAUUCGAUAUAACUAAUUAUAAAUGGAAACAAGUCGAGCUUCCCGCUAAUCAUCCUAUUCCAGAUGCAAGAUCUGGCCAUUCACUGAUAUCUACAGCGGAGGGCGCCGUUUUAUACGGUGGUUACACCAAGGUAAAAGCCGGCAAAGGCUUACAAAAAGGUAAGAUUCUAUCAGACUGUUGGUAUCUGAAGAUGAAAUCCGAUCUGGGUUCCAUUAGAUGGGAAAGAAGGAAGAAACAGGGUUCCCAACCAUCUCCAAGAGUUGGCUGUUCUAUGGUUCAUCAUAAGGGAAGAGGUGUUUUGUUUGGAGGUGUCUACGACUUUGAAGAAACAGAAGAAAGUCUAAGAUCAAUCUUUUACAACGAACUAUACACAUAUCAGAUAGAAAAUAACAGAUGGUAUGCAAUGUCCUUGAGACCUCAAAGGAAGAAGAAGAACUUCGUUCAAUCGAAGUCCAACAGGAACAAAGAUAAAGAACUUGAAGAUAUUUUGAAUCAAAUUCUUGAUAAAGCUAACUUGCGUGACGCAGAAGACGACGAUGAAAGCAAGGUCAUUGAAGAACAAUUAAAUCAGCUAGAUCUUAUAGAUUUUGAUGAUGAUGAUGAAAGCGACAAAAAAUCAGCUAAAUCCUAUGAAACUAUGUCAACUUUGCCUCAUGCCAGAUUUAACGCUGCGACUGCUGUUGUGGAUGAUACGUUAUUCAUCUUCGGUGGUACUGUUGAAAUUGGCGAAAAAGACUAUCCAAUCGACUCCUUUUACAGCAUUGAUAUGAACAAACUUGAUGGGGUGAAGGUGUACUGGGAAGAGUUGAAGGAAGUUGAAAGAGCAGAGAAACUUGGAGAGCAAGAUUCUGACGAUGAAUUUGGCGAUGAAGACGACGAUGAUGAAGACGACGGUGAAGAAGAGAUUGUUGACAGUAAACUUGAAGCUGAAGACGAAGAAGAAGAAGAAGAAGAGGAAGAAGUGGAAGAAGAGUACGAAAUUCCGGAUCUUAGACCUUGGUUGCCUCAUCCCAAGGCUUUUGAAACCCUUCGUGCAUUUUACGUUCGCACAGGUCCUACUUUCUUAGAAUUGGCUAUUUCCAGUAAUAGAGACUCAAAAGGUAAGCAUUUGAAGACAAAAUCGUUCGAGUUAUGCCAAGAUCGGUGGUGGGAAAGACGUGAGCAAGUUCGGAUUGAGGAAGAUAAAUUAGAAGAACUUGGAGGGGUCGAAGAUGUUAUUGAAAAGGAUACAUCAAAAACCCAACGCCGAAGGUAA